GAUCGGGUCGUUGCGUAUCGCCGCGAUGCGUGCCAGACGCAUUUGCGAGUGGAGUCGAGUCGAGCGUGUCGUCGAGCAUCGCGGCUUCGUUUCACCAAGAUUUGAACAUGUCGGAAGAACAUCAGCUGCCUUCAGAUUCAGAUGAAGAUGACGAAGAUUACAUACCUGAUGGUGUUGACAGUGAUCAAGUAUCUGAAGUAGAAUCUGAAGGUGAUGUUGAAAGUGGCCCAGAGGAUGAAAAUGAUGAGAACAAAAGAGAAACUGGGCAAAGAAAAGGCAAAAAGAGAUCUAAAAGUCGAAAGAGUAUAAAGCGCAAGAAAAUUAUAGAAAACAAAUCGAAAGUAUCAGAGGAAGAAAGUAAAGAAGCAGAAAAAGAGACAAAAGAACUUACUGAAGAGGGAAAAAAGAGAGCUGAUUCUCUUUGGGCUGACUUCAUGAAAGAUACAGCUGUUGUGUCAAAACCAAAGCCACAAAAUACAAUCAAUAGAUCGAACGAGAGAUCACCACCAGUACAAAAGCCAAAAAUCCAGGAAAAAGUCAAGAUAACAAAGGUUUUUGAGUUCGCUGGUGAGGAGGUGAAAGUUGAGAAAGAGGUAUCGAUUGAUUCUGCAGAGGCCAGAUUAUCGCUUUCCGCGGAGAAUUCCCCAAAACCAUCAGAAUCCGCAUCUGAGGCGAACAAGGGCCGAGUGAAAGGCGGUAUUAGGCGUGUCGGAUUAGGUGGUAUUUCCUCUGUUCUGGGACAGAUAGGGAAAAAGGCCAAAAUUAGUACAUUAGAAAAGUCCAAGUUAGAUUGGGACAACUUCAAGAAGCAGGAAAACAUAGAGGAGGAAAUCAAUACUCAUAAUAAAGGCAAGGACGGAUACUUAGAGCGACAAGAUUUCUUGCAGAGGGCGGAUGUACGACAGUUCGAGAUCGAGAAAAAUUUACGAAAUUCUAGCAGGCGCAGUUCGCGGUGAAUUCGCAUUUUCUAUAUAUAUAUAUAUAUAUAUCUAUAUGUCUUUUCUUCCGAAAUUGGAUCCUAAGAUAAUAAUUAUAUCGCGAUAUGAGAUAUUUACUCGCCGACUUGCCAAACUCGAGCGCUUGCUAAACACAUUUAGCCUAAUCAAUUCGAUUUCAUUCGAGUUUUGCACUAUGUUUUGAAUAAAUACGCGAUGGGAGAACGUUGCCUCGUUCGAUUCUACGACGAUAAACCGAUUACUCUAUAUCGAUCGGCGAGAAGUGACCGAUCAUUCCAGUGUUUUGAGACUAAUUCCUCACGCGUACGUAAUAUAAUAGCUUAAUUUACUCUCAGCGAGCCUUUGCCUCGGCCUGAUAACCACACAGAACUUCGCAUCGAAGCAGAUUGUUCGAAGCUUUUGACGCUUCUUGGAAAGAUUAUGUAGUAUCAUGUAGAAUGUGUCCACACAGAAUAUUUUUUUAUUUUGUUUCAAUGGAACGCGCGAUAUGUUUAUAUGUGUAGUGUGAAUAUACAUAUACUGAUAAUAAUCAUUAAUCGAAAGUCACGAAUGAGUAUGAGUAAAUAUGUAUGUUGUAGGGAGUAUAACAUAAUGACAUAGAUUCAUGACCACUGCCUCUUUUGGCAAUGUAUACUGGAAUACAGUACUGUAUUUAUAAAUGGACCUCGUAAUAAGUAAUGUAGAUUAUUACGUUGAAGCAGUAACAGCGAAUUUUGUAUCAUUAUUAUUUUAAGUUUUCAUAGAUAAAAUGGUACACUUUCAUACAAUGUAUUAGACUGCAAUAGCGACAUGUAAACACGUACAUAAACAUACUCAAUGCAAUUAAUGAUUCUCUAUUCGUCUCAGGUUAAAACUUCCUUGAUGUAUCGAAUUUGAGAUAUGUUUCAGCGUAAUUUCACACAGGACUACUUUACAUUUGUGAAUUCUUUAAUAUUACCGAAUAAAUUGUCGAUAAGAAAUGGCGUUCGAAUAUGA